AAAAGCCGUAAGCCUUGAUUGAAGGUAAGCUUGAAAAGUUGUAUCGUAAACAAGGAUUUCAGAACGAGAAGUUAGGCGUGGCAAAAGUACCCCAAAAUUGACUAUUUGCAGACGGAAAUCAUCUUAAUCGUGCCACUGCUGCCUAAAGAAGCACUCCUCACCAUUAUGGAUCUUCCCCGAUGACAUCACAAUGGCCUCAUAAAUAGACAGCGCCCUCUACCAGCCAUGGUGGAGCUAAAGGUCUGGGUGGACGGGUUCCCGCGAGUGGUGUGCGGGAUCAACGAGUUCACGACCUGCCAGGAAGUAGUCGUUGCUCUGGCUCAAUCGACGGGUCAGGUCGGGCGCUUCAACCUCUUCGAGAAAUCUCCAAAGACUGAGCGUAUCCUGCACCCGCAGGAGAGCCCUUAUCGUGCCUUAGAGAAAUGGGGUCCCAUGUCCAAGAACGUCCGCUACUACCUCCAACGGAAAGGAACAACACCGUUUAGUCAGACACCGCACAGCAGUAGGCCGUCCUCCGUGACGAGCCUCAACCUGUCAAGUCCUGACGAACGCUUCAUGACCUUGGCUGAUUUCAGUGUUGACGGUGAUGAUGACUAUUUGAGAGUUGCGGCGUAUCAGGGGUCGACGAGUGGGGGCGGGAAGCACGGUGCCUUCCAAAGACUAGAGCUAGAAAGGCACGCCCAGCUGAGGAAGGAGGAAGAAGAAAGGAGGAUGCAGGACGAGGAGAAGAAUAGGGAGAUGGAGAGAGAUCAAGGUGUUGAGAAGAUGAAGGAAAUUGAAAGGGAGAGAUUUAUGGACCAUAAUAGAGAGAUAGGACGGCAGCAUGCAUUAGCCAUCGAGAAGGAACAACAAAGAAAGAGGGAGAGGUGGAAGGAGGAGGCGAAGGUGAGAGGGGUGGAGGAGGGGGUGAAGAUAAGGGAAAUUGAACGUUUGAAAGAUGCAGAGAAACAAAGAGAACUUGAACAACAGAGACAACAGUACCUGAGAGAGCAGGAAGAAAAGGAACGUAAGAUUCGACAUUUGGAGGAGAUGAUGAGAGAAAAGGAUAGGCAGAAGGAGGAUGAGAAGAAGAAUGAACUUGAGAGAUUGCAAGAGAGGCAAAGAGAAGAACAGAGGGCUAAGGAGGAGGAGAUAGCACAAUUGAAAGAAGAGGCGAAGAGGAAAGAGUUGGAACGUCAGAAGGAAGAAGAGAAGAGGAAAGAAGCAGAGAAGAAAAAAGAGGCGGAAAGAAUAGCAGCCUUGGAGCGAGAGAAGGAAUGGGAAGCAGAGAGGAAUAGGUUACAAAGAGAAGCAAAAGCUUUUGAAGAACAGAAGAAGAUGGAAGAAGGAAAGAGAAAGGAAUUGGAAAAGCAGAGAGAGGAGGAUAGGCAAAGAGAAGUGCAGAAGGAAGAGGAGCGAAAGCUAGAGAUAGAAAGAGUUCGGAGAGAAACUGAGAUAAGGGAAGAGGAGCGUAUAGCGGAGCACGAGAUUGCACGUCAAAUAGAAAUACAGAAGCAGAGAGAUAUAGCAAGAGAAAAGAGGAAAAUAGAAGAGGUAUUAAGGAAAAAAGAGAUUGAGCAUCAAAAAGCACUCCAAAGACAUAAAGAUGAAGAACUUAAAAGAGAAAAGUUAAGACUUCAGGAAGCGGAGUGGGAGAAAGUCAGGAUGGCAGAGAAGGAGAGACAGACGGUGGUACAAAGGCAGAAGGAGGAGCGCGAGAAUGAACUACAAAAACAGGAGGAGAUAGAAAAGGAGAAAAAGAGACUUGAAGAAGAAUUAAAGAAGAGAGAGAAUGAAAGGCUCAAGGCCUUGGAACUUGAGAAGGCUAGGUUAGCGGAGGUCGCCAGGAGAACGGAGGAAGAGCGACUGAAGGAGAUCGAGAGACAGAAGGAGUUGGAGAUUCUAAGGGCGGAGGAGCUGCAGAAGAAAGAGAAGGCAAGAAGGGAGCGCAUCGAGAUGGAGAAGGUCAAAAUUUUGGAGGCCAGAAGACAGAAAGAAGUCGCCAGGAAAAAAGACGAAGAUCAGAAGCGACAGAAGGAGAAGGAGAAGAUCAACGAGCUGAACCAGAUCGUUAGCGUGCAACAGGAGCGGAUUGAGACGCAGAUAUCACAACUCACCAACAUCGAGGAGGCCUGUCUGUCCCUUCAGAUGUUUGAGCUUGAUCCGGAGUUUGACCAGAUCGAGGAUAAGAUCAUCGAGUUUGAGCAGGCGGUCAAGAAGAACAGGAGCGCUCUCAAGGAGAUGGAAUUCUGGGAGAACGAGCUGGAGAUCGAGCAGCAGCUGUGCGAGAGACUCAUGAAGGAGGUGAAAACAUUGAAGGCGAAGGUACACGAAUGUCAGAAACAGACGGAGGUCAAACAAGCGGAGAUAGAGGAGAUAGAUGAAAGGAUACAGAAGGAGGAAGAGAGGAUCGAAAGAGAGGGAGACGAGCAAGCAAAACAAGAUCUUCAUGCUGUCCAAGUUGAACUGACAGUGUUCCAGAAGGAGCUCGAAGGCUACGCAGACAGUCUCCAAGAAGUCAACGAGGACAUCCAGGAAGUGGAGAGGCUGCUAGAGAAGAAGCAAAAGGAGAUUAAGAAGCUCGACAAGGAGAUUAAGGAAGAAGAAGAGAGGAAAAGACAGGAAGAAGAAAGAGAGAGAGAAGAAGAAGAGAGGAAGAGAGCCGAAGAAGAAAGGAAAUUUGAAAGGAAGAGAACAGAAGAACAACGAAAAAAGAGAGCGAAGGAAGAAAGGAGGAAAUUGGAAGAAGAAAGGAGAGUGGAGGAAGAACGAAAGAAAGAAGAAAUGAAGAAGGCAGAAGAAGAACAAAAGAGAGCAGAGGAUGAGAGGAAGGAAGAGGAGAACAAGGUAGCUGAAGAAAAGAGAAAGGAGGCGGCUCAGAAGGAGAAAGAGGAUCGAGAGAAGGAUGGAGAGAAGAAGAAACUUGGAGAACUCAUCAAAAAUCCAUCUCCUGGAAACAAUCCUGCGCGUAAGAUGCUCAAAAGCCCUAGAGACCUCUUCAAGCAAGCACCGAGCUCGGACAACCCUGAAGGCGUCUUCGUUUAAAGCCCCUCUGCACUACUUAUAGCUACUUGCGCCCUCUAUAUAGCAAACAAUGCCUAAUCGGUGCCUGUUGGUCCCCCAUUAUCCUCUUUUUCUUACGGUCAUUGAGAGCUGAUUUGAUGAGAUAACCACCUGUCAGUGACCUUGCAGGGCGGUCUAAUCCCCCUGGCCAAACUAGUGCAGACUGGCUUUAAACACCCCUGCUAUCAGAAUGGAACGACCCACCUUUUGUAGGAUGCUUCCAGCUCAUUUGGCUAGAUGACACCCCCAUUAUUAGAAUGGAUUGAUCCGUCUGUCGUAGGUUGCCCUCAGCUCAUUUGGUUAGAUGGCACCCCUAUUAUCAGAAUGGAACAACCCACCUUUUUGUAGGAUGCUUCCAGCUCAUCUGGCUAGAUGACACGCCUAUUAUUAGAAUGGAUUGAUCCACCUGUUGCAAGAUGCUUCCAGCUCAUUUGGCUAGAUAACACCCCUAUUAUCAGAAUGGAUUGAUCCACCUGUUGCAGGUUGCUUCCAGCCUAUUGGUUAGAUAGUAGUGGUGGUUAUUUUACCUGACUGCUAAGAUGACACCCCUAUUAUCAGAAUGGACCUUUCCUCCCGUAAUCAGGUCAAUAUAAGGGGGUCCAUACUGUUUUGGUGUCGGCUUUAAUUUGUAUCUAAUCAGGAAAAAAGAAUGUUCAUUCCACACAGAAAUGAGCCUUAUUUAUGGUAUCUGUUUGUAGAUGGAAUGCAUGUUGCGAAUGAGCAUGUAAACUUAAAGCAGAUGCAUUAAAUUUCAAGAAUUAUUUUUAAACUUUUGUAUAAAUAAGCUGCAUAUGUUAUAGACCAUAGGGACUGCUGAGAGCCAGAAGGGUGUUAUUCUUGGAUUGCUGUCCUCCAAAAGACUUUGUGAUGGAAUAUAAAUUGUCCUAUCGACCCAUACUGUACAUAUAGCAGUGCAGUAUCUCCUUUUAGAGAGGUUUUUGCAUUAUCUUUUGAUGUACAAUGCUAGGAUUUACACAUUAUACAUGAGCAGAAAAAGCAAAAAUCACAGAAAAG